UAAGGCCGGAGUCUGGUCGGUGACGGCCGGCCGGUAGCGGAAGCCGGCGUUUGGCGGCUCCGUGCUCCUGCAGCUCGCUGGUCCCUUCUGCCUCCCGGGACUGUGACGCGCCAGGCCGCCGCGCUCCUGGCCACGGGUGCUCGGGGAUGCCGCUCGGCCGCUUUCUACGAGGAGCUUAAUCGGCCCGGCUGCCGCCCGGAUGGGACCGCCGGGGUGCUCUAAAGUCUCCAGUUAAUAUUGAAUUGCUGAGGAAUUUGGGGAAAGAAGCUGAAGUUCCCAUUCCAUGGAUCCCUUGGGUGCACCUUCCCAGUUUGUGGAUGUGGAUACACUAUCAAGCUGGGGCGACUCGUGGGAAGAUGAAUUAAAUACUUCUGAUAGUGCAGCUGAGACAUUUCAGGAAAACACUAUUAGAUCACCUUUUCUUUACAAUAAGGAUAUCAAUGGGAAAGUGGUUCUUUGGAAAGGAGAUGUGGCAUUACUGAACUGUACAGCCAUUGUGAAUACAAGCAAUGAAAAUCUUACAGAUAAGAACCCGGUGUCAGAGAGUAUCUUCAUGCUUGCGGGGCCUGAUUUGAAGGAGGAUCUCCAGAAACUUAAGGGUUGCCGGACAGGUGAAGCAAAAUUGACAAAAGGAUUUAAUCUAGCUGCCCGGUUCAUCAUUCACACAGUGGGACCUAAAUACAAGAGCCGCUAUCGCACAGCUGCUGAGAGUUCCCUGUACAGCUGCUACAGAAACGUGCUUCAGCUGGCCAAAGAGCAAUCAAUGUCUUCUGUGGGAUUCUGUGUCAUCAAUUCUGCAAAACGAGGUUAUCCUUUAGAGGAUGCAACACACAUAGCACUUCGCACUGUCAGGAGAUUCCUAGAGAUUCAUGGGAAGACCAUUGAAAAAGUAGUAUUUGCUGUCUCUGAACUUGAAGAGGCUACUUACCAAAAGCUGCUACCUCUGUACUUCCCAAGGUCAUUAAAGGAGGAAUGUCGAUCAUUGCCAUACCUACCUGCAGAUAUCGGAAAUGCGGAAGGGGAGCCUGUGGUACCUGAGCGACAGAUUAGAAUUAGUGAAAAACCUGGUGCCCCGGAGGACAACCAAGAAGAGGAGGCUGAAGGCUUGGGAGUUGACCUUUCUUUCAUCGGCUCUCACGCUUUUGCUCGAAUGGAAGGAGAUAUUGACAAGCAAAGAAGACUGAUACUUCAGGGACAGUUAUCAGAGGCGGCCUUGCAGAAGCAGCAUCAAAGAAAUUAUAAUCGCUGGUUAUGUCAAGCAAGAUCUGAGGAUCUAUCUGAUAUUGCUUCUCUAAAAGCCUUAUACCAAACAGGUGUUGAUAACUGUGGUCGUACAGUGAUGGUGGUAGUUGGAAGAAACAUUCCUGUCACGUUAAUAGACAUGGACAAGGCUCUCUUAUAUUUUAUCCAUGUAAUGGAUCACAUUGCUGUGAAGGAAUAUGUAUUAGUAUAUUUUCACACACUGACCAGCGAAUACAAUCACCUGGACUCUGACUUCCUGAAGAAACUCUACGAUGUUGUUGAUGUCAAAUACAAGAGGAAUUUGAAGGCUGUUUAUUUUGUUCAUCCAACAUUUCGUUCAAAGGUAUCAACGUGGUUUUUUACCACCUUUUCUGUCUCAGGACUGAAGGACAAAAUCCACCAUGUGGACAGCCUCCACCAGCUAUUCUCUGCCAUAUCACCAGAACAGAUUGACUUUCCUCCUUUUGUCCUUGAAUAUGAUGCCAGGGAAAAUGGGCCUUACUAUGCAUCUUAUCCCCCAUCACCAGAUUUGUGACCUGCCAUCUUUUAGUGCUACUGGUUUCCAAGGACAUCACUUUCUCCACAAAUUGCUACCUAUUGAAGUGAAAUUCAUUUUUGCUGUUCAGAUCCAGAGAGCCUUUUGUCCCCACCUCUCUGGUAUUUUUUUAUUGACUGUAUAUUUUCUGGCACAUAAGCAAUCUGAAAAUGGUAGGCCAUUCUGAACUGCACGCUUAUUUUAAAUUUGUAUAUUUGUAUCAAAUGAAAAUGUUCAUUUUUAGAGGGUUGUUAAUAGAAAUUGGGGAGCAACUUUUAAGUAUCUUCAGUUUCCUGAAAGGACACUGGAUUUUCCAUUAGACAAGCCACCAAUAUUGUUCAUGCCAUCUCUUUAACAUUGCAUGCUUCCUUUGUGUACUUAAAUGUUUCUCAAAAUAUAUAGAACCAAUGUAUGCAGACCAUAUGCAUUGUUUGCUUCAGAUCCUGGCAUUAUGUUUGAUAUAGAUAAUUUAGUUAUGAUAAAAAAGAAUUGUCUGGGAUUAAGGAUGUGGGAACGUAUCUGAUCAGAGCAUCAAAAUCAAUAGGAAAAUACAGGUCUUAGCGUUUCACUACACCAGUUAAGGUUAAGAUUUUGCAUUAUAUGAUUUGUUAAGAUUGCCACUAUUCUAGUCUCAACAGUGGGGGGAAACAAGAAGACUGUAUCUUCCACCUUUUUCCUAUAAUCAUGGGUGAUUUGGUGUCCUUCUUCUAAAGGAUUGCACUCAUUAGUACUCUUAAGUGAAAAGCAUCUCCUAGACUCCAUUUUCAGUGAGCCUUUAGAGAGUGUGCUGUCUCCCCAGAGUUGUGAUUUUGUUGGGCUUUACAGCUCCUCCCUCUCAGGACAUUUCUUCGCAGUGUUUCUUGAUUUACCUACGUCCAAAUGGAGGAAGUGUGUUGCAGUGCACAGAAUUCCAAACUGCUGUUACCACUCAGGCUCUAUUUGUGCCUUAGCUCGCUCAUGAAUAAAAAUUAGAAUUGUGAUACCAACCUCACAGAGGUAUAGAAGGCUGGCAUUUAGAAAGGGCUUUUGGUGUUCUGGAUGCAGAAUGCUAGGGGAGUUCGUGUAGGUGUCACCCCAGUUCGUUUUUAAAAUGAUAAUAAAAGUACUUCAGGGUACUACCAGGCACUCCUCUUGUCCUUGGCACCUUUUGAGUGACUUUUCUUGUCUUGGGACAAGAGUUGUUACUGAAAAAACCCAACCCUGAGGACCUCCUUCCUACUUUGUCCAGAAUUUCUUCUGGCCUACUCCUCUCCCAGUGCUACACGUUUAACAAGAGGCAUCUGUUAGCCAUUUUAAACAUUUCUUCUUGAAUUGAGGUCAAACCAGUAUCAUUUCCAUCUGGGUGUCUUCAUAUUCCUUUUGAUUCCUACAUCCCCGCCCCCAUCUCUCUCACUCCAUCAUGUACAUUGGCAGUUUAGAGAAGAAAAAGUAGAGCUCUUCUGUUCUAAUGUGUUCAGGGUCAGUGCUUCCAAAGAUCUUUUUCCUCUGUGCCCAUAUUAAUUCUUCAGUGGAUAAAGGAAACAUACAUCUUUUAUGACAGAGAAAUCCCCCUCUAGUUGGAUUAGCCCCAUCCUCUAUUUUCCAGUGCAAACAAGAGGGGGCUUUAUGUUUCUUUGAUAAGCACUCAUAUCUUUUGCAUGAAAUGGGGACAUUUGCUUUGUGUCAGAAAUCAAAGCCACUUAUCCUUGUAUAUGCUUAUUUGAUAAGGGUUUCCUGUAUGUUACUUAGGUCAUCAGAUGCAGACAGCCAGUCAGAUGUCUACUAGUAACCUUCCUCUUAAACAGCACUACUUUAUAUCCCUUAAGCUUUGAGCUUUAAAAAUCUGAAAAAUUAGCUUCAUCAUUUCCAGUCUAUUUAUUGUUAGAUCAUAUUUGAGGUAUCUUUGCACUAAGAGCGGUUAUAAAAAUAUGCCAACUUUUCUUUUUUGUAAGUGGACUAUCUCAAAUUGGCAUCUGGCCUGAAUCAUUUCCUCUGUAGAUAAUAGAGGCUGCAAGCUACUUUGCCAUUUGAAAGGAAGAGAAUUGAUUUGCACCAUUUCUUAUAGGCAAUAAUUUUGAAAGAACGUCCCUUUGCCAUAUUCAUAUGAGUAUAUGAAUGUCUAAUAACACAAGCAGGCUUCUAUAUCAUAGGUUCUAGUUCAAUUGAUGUCCUAGGGUAUAAAGGUGUAUGUAUAUAUAUAUAUAUAUAUAUAUAUAUAUAUAUAUAUAUAUAUCUCAACCACAUUUCAUAAUUUAAUGUGACAAAAGAUAAGAGUUGCACUUCUCAGUGAAACUAAAUUUGGUAUGGGACCAAGUUCAUGCUUUUAUAACUGUCUAAAGUGUUAUGUAAUAUAGUUGUUGGAAGGAUUAAGUCCUACCAAAGGAAUACAGUGACCUUGAGAGUGAAAUGAUUAUGUAACGUUCAGUAUAUAUCUGCCUUUGUCAAAAGGUUGGGUUGCCUGGAGAACACAUGCCAUUCUCAGAGACACAUUAGAGGAUGAAAGGAUGACUGGGUGGAGAUGAGUACUAGCAUCUGAUGUUAAUUCAAAGCACUACCAAGUACUUAAUUAAACUUUGGUCAUGCCAAAUGCUAGUUGAAUUGAGGAAGAAACAACUUACAAAAUAUUAGGUGAAUUCAUUAAUUCAUGCAAGGCAUAAUAGGAUUUUCUUACACAAGUACAUUUCUUCAGCAUCUAUUUGGAUUCUUUUUAACUCAUCUAUAUCCAAUUUUCUUGAUAGUGAAAAUAACCUCUUGAAAAAAACUGUCUUCAUUAGACUCUUAAGGCUUAGAGACCAAGUAAUUCAAGAUUUUCUUUAAUACACAUCUUAUUUCAUUGGCUGGUGCUCUAUUAUGUUUAUUUUUCCGAAGGGAUCCAAUUAGUUUGAGACUAAAGAACAGGAUUUUUAGAGUAUUUUUGAUAGGAAAAUGGGUAUAAAUUUUUUUAUCAAAUAUCUGAAAUCUGGAAGGAUUAAUAUAUCUUGCAUUUCUAGAGAGGGACAAUUGUAAACAGUUGUUUAGAAAAACAUGGCUUGCCUAUUUCUACCUGUUUUCUAUUUGCUGAGAAUAUCAUUCAGUGAAUCCAAACUGUAGGUAAUGGUUUCAUUUCUUUGCAAUACCUAAUGGAAAGUGAUAAAAAUGUAGUUUCAGUAUAAGCUAAAAAUCACUCUGUGUUUCCCGAUUGUCUGUGUAUGUAUUAGAGAGUUUAUAUUGAUCAACAUGUGAAUAGAAAUUAUUAUAAUUUUAGGUAGUAGAAAGAAAAGGAUUGUAUGGUUCUAAGAACAGUGGAUUGAUUGUAUUAAAGACCCAAAAGACUACAAGAUAGGAUAUACACCUCUAAACCUGGAGUUGACCAGUGAGUUUCAGAUUGUUGUCCUCGUAAGUUACGGUAAUUGUAAUUAACACACACUUGAGUGUUCUACCUAUAUUGGCACUAAUAGCAUACCUAAUGGUAUAUGAUUAACUUUUGGUUCAGGAUUGCCAGAAGCCAUAAAGGAUUAAAGGAGGACUCUACCUGUGAUCUAGGUCAUAUCAGAAACCCAGAGAUUAUAAGAAUUGCCUAUUAGGCCAAACCAUAUAUACAUAUGCAUGUAUAAACUAACACAUACAUAUGUGCCUUCCUACAUAUGUACAUGAUUAUAUAUAUGUAUAGACACAUGGUAAUCCACUUUGCAUUACAUUCUUUGAAUGUGGUUUCUAUGGCCCAUAUGUAGAGAACAUAGAGCAAUAAAUAACAUAGUUGAAGCUUUGAUUCUAUCAAAAUAGCCCUUAAGCUGAUAAUAUUAAGGUCAUUUUCUAUAUUAGUGGCUUUCUUGGAUAUUAGUUGUUAAUUUUGUUUUCUUUGCUUCCAGGAACAGUAUCAAAUCUUUUUAAUGCUUACUUAUUAAAUGUAUAGGGCCACUGAGUUCAAGGAGAAAAGCAGAUAUUCUGUAGGUGAAUUACACUAACAAAAAUCAUAACUACUGAAUGUGACCUAAUAUUUUUAUUGAACAGUUAAAAUGAAUACAUUUUGUAUGCAUGGUUACACUUUUUUUUUUGCAGUGUUUUGCUAGUAUAAGCACAUAGUCAUCAUAAACUGAGCCAGUACUUUGUCAGUACUUAUGGGCCAAAAUAUUUAAAUAUGAGCUUAACAUACAUAACUGAUUUUAUUUACUGUUGGGCACAGGAGACCUAAAAUUUUUAUUAACAUGAUUUUAAAAUUUGUUUAUUUAGAAUGUAUAUAUUGCAUUUAAAAAUGUAUUUUGGUCUUUCUGAGUUAGAAGUUAGAUACCAUUUAAAGAGAAUCCCACUCUGUGUAAGUAUAGCUUAUGAUGAAACAGUAGUAAAAUAGUAAUGUUUAUAUCGAACCCCAAGGUGGCACAUUCUGUUUUAUCAUUUACACCUAGCUUUUCUCUAAUCACUGAGACUAAGCUACAGUAGUAGUACAAAAUGCAGUAAAUUUUACUGUCAGCCUUCUUUAUGGGGAUCUAGACUAGUGCUUCUCAAACUUUAAUGUACAUAUAUUAAAUUGGCUGGCAGUAUGUUAAAAUGCAGAUUCUGAUAUAGUAGUAGCUCUGGGGUAGAGCCUGGGAUUCUCGGUUUCUAACAAGCUCAGAUGAUUUUCAAUACUCCUGGUCCCAAGACCACAAAUAAAAGAGCCUAGAUUAUAUUCAGCUUCUGUAUUUUCCUUAUUUUGAGGAAAGGAGACAUAACUGCCAUAAUCCCUUCUGUGGGCCAGGCACUCACAUUCAUUAUCUCAUUUAAUCCUACAAAUCCAGGCUCCUGGGUGGCUCAGUGGUUGAACAUCUACCUUUGGCUCAGGUUGUGAUCCCAGGGGCCUGGGAUCAAGUCCUGCAUCAGGCUCCCCAUGGGAAGCCUGUUUCUCCCUCUGCUUAUGUCUCUGCCUCUCUCUCUAUGUCUCUCAUGAAUAAAUAAAAUUAUUUUAAGAAAAAAUCCUAUGAAGUAGAUGGUUAAAUGACCUGCUGAUGCCCACGCACACAAGCAGGACAGUACUGAGCAAUGUUUCUCAAUUUGAAUAAUGCACAUCCCCUUUGACUAAGGAAGGCUCUCUUAGUUCCUGUGUUUUUAUUCCAUUCUUUAUUAUGUUAACUAAGUAUAUGUAAACAUAAAGCUACAUAUAAUGCUUUAUGCUUAUAGCUGUUGCACAAGUAUAAACCCAAAGAAAUUUAUAAAUAGAUAAAAGCAAAACUAACGAAAUUUAGAAAAAAAAUUAGUGAAAUAUGAUGGAUGAUGACAUUUUACCAAAACAAAACGGUCACUUGUACCGUGAUUAUGGCAUGGAACACUGUAGUACAGGUUCUUUUGAGAUCAGCAUGCACCUGCCAUGUGCUGUGUGCCAUGUGGUGACUCAGUUCUCCCACUGUGUUUCUUAGUUCAGACUCUUUCAUUUGUUUAGUACAUAGUGAUGUACGGUCUUCAUCUAGCUUGACUGCAUCCUUUCCCUAUUAAGGGAAAUACUUUCUCUGUUCUCCAUGUUCUCCAUAAGCCUCCCACAGCUAAAGCAGAACCCGACUUCACUGUGCAAGUGAACACAAAUGCAAACCUAGGCACUGAAACGUCCUGGCAAUAUUUGGUUUUAAGGCAGGUAUGUCAAUAAAUUGAUAACCAAAACAUUAUAUUAAUUAUUUUUAAGUUUUCUAUCAUCAUGAGAAAUGUCUAAUUGUCAGAGAAUACCUGUGGAUCCCCUACUAAAUACACACACACACACUCACUCACUUACAUUCACUCCUCCCUUCCCACACACACAAGAAUUUAAUGAUGGUUAGCUAGCAUUGAUGCUUUGAUUCUUCACACAUUGGGGUUCUGACCUUGAGCAGGUUUCUCAGCCUUUUCUGAACCUCAGGGUUGUCAGGUGUGAAACAGAUAAUCUUAUUGAAUAAUUAAGAGAAAUAAAUGCAAUAAUACUUAUAAAGCAUGCAUAUAGUAAGUGUUUAUAAAAGGAAGCUACCAUUGCUUUGAUUAGAAAUAAUAAUAAUAACUAACAUUUGAGGACUUACUAUGUGCCUUCAACUUUGCUAAGUACUUUAUAUAUGUUGUCAUAUAUUGAGAGAAUCAGGAUUCAAAUCUAAGUCCUACUUCAGAGCUUAUACUCAUAAAAAAUAAUAUAAAACAGGAAUAUAAGUUGCUUAUUUAAAAAGUUAUUUAAUUUUAAAUUGUAUUUUCUCAAAAGUUCUUACUAUAAAAUUAAUGAUGCUUCUCUGGAGGUGGGCAGUGGCUAAUUUUUUUUUUAAACAGUUGUGUAAUAUGCUAGGAAAUUGACACAAGGUAAAAUACAAUUUUUUUAAAGGCUGCCAUGCUAGGUUGUAGUCCAGUAAAAGGAUAUUAGAAUCAUUAGGCUCAACUUGUACAUUACUGUGCUCUUGCACAUUUAUCAUCUGUAACUAAUGAUAACAUGAGAUCUUCCUGAAUCUCAAUGCAGCUUUGUUGCAGAAAAAAGAAUUUUCCACCCACCACUAUUAUAAUCCUUGAUAGUUCUGAGAAAUAGUCUGCAAACAUCUUAAUUUUCACCUGUGAAACCCAUUUUUAAAAAUUGUUCUGUCCUUUAAAAUAGUUUCAAGUAAGUCUUCUAUCUUUUCUUAGCUUUCUAAAAUAAGUUUUGGAGUUCUGAAAAAUGAACAAGCAUACCUCUGGCUGGGCUUUUUACUCUUGGCAGUUUUUUUUCCUAACUGGGUGCUAGGAGAAGAUAGCAGGAGAGAGUUGUAAGAGGAACUCAGUUAUUUAUUAACAGAGAUAGUAUGUAUCAAAUUCAAAUUCUUUCCCUACUUACUAAAACAUACUUGCACACAUUAUUAAGGUAGUGGAGGUACAUGAAAUGUGAGGCUAUCACUGAAUUUUGUAGUCUGUUUUAAAAAAUAUUUAUAGAAGCCUAAUAAUAACCUAUGUUGUGGAAAUGACUGAGUUUCUGAUCCAGCAUCCCUAACGCAUCUGCAAGAUCUUUAAGUUCAGGGAAUGCAUGGCUCUCCAUACAUGUGGGAUAUUAGUAUAGAAGGUAUGUCCUGUGUGAUACCUCACUGCUUCAUCCCAUAGCACAGCAUAAGAAAAUUGUCCUGGCUUCACAUUAGAGAUAAAUCCUCAUUCUACCUGAUUUCCUCCACUUAGCAGUCUGUUGCUUGAUUUGGGUUGUGAGUCCUACUUCUCUUAUUAAAUACAAAUAAGACCAGUUUAUUAUGACUUUGGAUGGAAUGGCCUUUUUCCUCUUUAAAAUCCAAAUUUAUUUUUCAUAAGGAAGUAUACUAAGCAUCUGACUAUUCCAUUAUGUCUUCUAGGUUAGAUAAUGUCUGACGACAUUUUCACUUUGAAAUGCUUAUUGUAAAUUAUAACAUUGAUUUUUUAAAAAACAUUGUAAGUAGGGUGUAAUCUAUGAAUCUAUGAAUAGGGUGUAAAGUAGGCAUUAAAGCUUCCUAUAAAGUGGGGCAUUGGUUCUCAAACACAGGAGGAGGUAGAGGCUCAGGCAGGUGAAGGCAGGUUGGACUCAUAGCCAGAUCAUGUAUGUUGUACGUAGUUUCAGAAUGACCUUCUGCCAUCUAUAGCUAUAGCCCUUUGGUUUAACUGUCCACACAGCUGCUUGGCUUUGACGUUCCCUCUUCUGGCCUCUCAAGAAGUUUUUGUGUUUUCUUUUAUUAUUUAUAAUUUAUUUUUUUUAUCUCAGUUGCACUUGCUCAGCCAAGUUCUAGGGGAGGACCAGAAUUCAGGAGUUAGCUGCAGAGGUUAUCAAUCAACUUACAAUUUCGUAAGUGAAGCCCAGACAUGCUGCACACUUGUUUUCUUUGUGUACUUAGUGCAAGACCAGAACUAUGAGGUGCUAACAUUUCCUUGUUGAAUCCAUCUUGUUGCUAUGGAAAAUGCUGUCCUAGAUAAUUCAGUUUGGAGCCUCACAUAACCCCCAUGGAAAUUGUACAAGAAGUGAGAAAAAGGCAAGGAACUCCCACCCCUUUUUUUUUUAGUUCACAGUAGUGGAAUGGCAUAGGGUAAAAACACUCUGUGUCUUGGAUUUUUUGUUUGCUUGGUUUUUUAUGUUUUUAAUUUAUUGUGACAUGUACCAAAAUCAAAUUGUAAUAUAAUACCAUCCUAUAUUAUAUUCUUUUGGAUAUAAAAGCUCUCAUGACUAUGCCUAUUUCUAUUCUAAUUUUGUGGAGUAUAUCGUUUUUUUGGUAUGUUAAUCUUUUAAUUUUCUCUUUAUUUUUUUUUAGCAGCUUUAUUUGAAAAGUAACUGACAUAUAAAAUUCACCCAUUUAAAGUGUAUAGUUCAGUAGUUCUUAGUAUGCUCGGUGUUGUACAACCAUCACCACUAUCUACUUGUAGAACAUUUUCAACACCCUAAAGGGAGGCCCCAUACCCAUUACCAGUCAUCCUCCAUUCCCACUCUCCUCCACCCUCCCUCCUGUGUUGUUUGGGCUUGACUGCAGUAUGUCCUCCCCCUAAGCCAUGUCUCCAGGUUGCACUUAUUGGGAGAACAGUGUCUCAACAAAUACUUGUUGAAUUAAUUAAUACCCAUAAGUCACUAGCCAUAGGUAGCAACUGAGGAGUAAUUGAAAGGGCCAUGGCAUAGAUGUCAAAACACUAUAUUCAAAUCCUGACUGAUGCUUACUUACUAGCAGUGUUGUUCUGGGUAUGGAGUCACCUAGCUCUUCUGAGUCUGUUUUCAUAUCUAUAAAGUGUUGCUAGCCAUAACUACUUCACAGGACAGUUGUGAAAAAGACCUGAGAAAAUAUAGUCGCAACACUCAGCACAGUGCCUGGCCCACACUAAGAAAGGAAUGGCUCUUUGGUCCCGGGUGAGAGAAACCCCUGGCUUGGUGACCAGGCAAAAACACCUGUGGUUCAAAGCAGUGGCAUCGCCCUUUCCUAGGGCUCAAUCUUCCCAGUUUCUUCCUCGCAACAGAGAAUUCUAGAGUACAACUUGCAACCGCUUAUUCUCCCUUAACCUCUCAAGUGCUGCUUCCCCUCUUUCCUAACCAGCAUGAUAGCUGCUUUCUGUCCCCAUGCCGAUGUCGAUGCUUACGUAGGGCCCACCCUUUGUAUGGAAGCGAGCACUGUCCAUCAGCUCUAAAGAACUGACCAUCGAGAAUGGAUUGCCAACCCCCUUAUCCCAACCUCAGCAGCAUUUAUUGCUCCCUUCCUUCACCAUGGGUGCAAAAACCCUCUCCAGGAGAAUAAGCUGCCCAAUUUAAGCAACUGGCAGCCUGGGAUGAUUGCAGGGCCUUUCAGGGACAAAGGAAUGUAUUUAACUAUCUUUUUUGUCUCAUAGCUGCCACCUUCCCCUGCUUCCAGAGUUGCCUUAGCAGAUUGCUACACACGCAUCUUAGAAAAACAUUUCCUGCAUAACACAAAUGAAAUAACAGCAGCUGUCAUUUACAGGAUACCAGGCAUUGUAAAUAUCUAAUUCUUACAGUAAACUUGCAACCUAGGUAUUUUCCCCAUUCUACAGAAGGAAAAGAAGGACCUUGGAGAAAUAAAGAAACUAGCCACAAGGUAAUUUUAGGGAAUAGGUUUUGGAAAGGCAGAGAAGAUUGGGUGAAUCUACCUAUAUAGAGUGUCUUACUUCCACUAUUGGGCUAUUCAUUAUAUGGCUUUAGAAGUAUAGGCUCAGCCAUUUACUAGCUAUGUGACCUGGAUGUGUUUCCCAACCUCUUUGAAUUUCAGCUUUCUCAUAUGUAAAGAGCACUUAUCUCUUAGAGUUAUUGUGAAGAUCAAAUGACUUCAUACUCUGAAAGUCUCAUAAAUAUUAGCUUUUGUCUUAUUUAAAUAUUCUAAUUGCUGUGAUCAAAGUGUCUCACUUUCCAGACUUACCAGAUACACUUGGCUCUUUAAUUUUUAAAUUAUGUCACAUUCCCAACUCAGAAAAUGUAUAAUGUAUCUGGUGUGUCUUUCUUUCAAGAGAGAAUGACAUUUUAAAGUGAAGGUUGGCAAACUUUUUAGGUAAAGGGCCAGAUCAUAAGUAUUUUAGGUUUUUCAGGCCAUAUGGUCUCUGUCACAACCAUUUAGCUCUGCUGCUGUAGCAGGAAAGCAGUCAUAGACAAUACUUGAGCAAAUGGGCAUGCCUGUAUUCCAAUAAGACUAUUUAUGGAGACUGGAAUUUAAAGUUCAAAUGAUUUUUCAAGUAUAACAGAAUACUAUUUCUCUUUGUUUUUGGCCAAUUAAAACUGUAAAAGCUACACUUAGCUUGAGGGCCCUAUAAAAACAGGCAGUGGGCCAUAGUUUGCCAACCCCUGUUUUAAAUAAAUAAUUCGAUGGUUCUUUAAAGCUGAUGAAUCCAGCAGAGGCCUAAGUAAGGAAAGGAAUGUGGAGGAAGAAAAUCAAGAGCCAGUCACCCUAUCAACUAGCUAGCCCAGAUCACAGCUAUGUUAAUCACUCCCUUGCCUAACACAAUCCAUGUAAUCCCUUUAAGCUUAACUUUUUUAUCUAUAAAAAUGAAGUAGUGAUAUCUCUCUGACCUUAACUACUUCCUCCUGGUGGGGGGAGCUUGAUAAUAAUUAUUUGUUGAACUUAUACCUUUGUGCUGGAUAGUUGAAUCUUUUUUGUUCUUACCCUCUUUAUUCCUACUUUACAGAUGAAGAAAUGGAGAUUCAGAGAGACAAAUAACCUGCUUCAGUUUACAAUACCAGUAUCUAAGGGGUUUGACUCCCAUAAACCCUUCCAACCCUCUCAGUAGAAUACAGACUCUGAAAAUAGAGACCUCACUGGACUCAUUCUGUGCUAUAUCCCUAGUGCCUAGACUAGUACCUGAUAUAUAAUAGUGCAUAAAUGCUUGUGGAAUGAAUGAAUGAAUGAAUUUUUCCAUUAUGCCAGUGGUUCUUAAUCUUUUCAUAGGUCAGGGACACCUCUGAGAAACAUUGUAAAGGUCUGGAUCAUUUCUCCAGAUAAAUCUCAAACUAAGAAACCUUAAGUAUUUGACAAACUAUUGAAAGAAGAUGCUGUUCACAUACUCUGAAUAAUAUUAUUCUCAUACGCAUGGAAACAGGAUUUGGAGAUGUCUUAUUUCUUUCUUUUUUCUGAAAUCAUGAUAUUAAGGAACCUAAACAAGGCCUAAAAUGUUUUCUUCUCUAUAGGCACCCAUCGCUCCCAGACAUACUUCUUAAAACUCUUGAUCCCCUUACAAGUCACUUUCUCAAAAAUUAUUACUUAAAAACGACUUUUAUUGAGCCCACGUGCUUCAACAUGAAAAGUGAGAAACCACAGCCUAUUAAGACUAAUACGCUGUUUUUUGUCUUUGGAAAUACAGUUGGGAAGGAAAUAUUCACUCUUUACUGCCUAAAGACCAACCAAAUCUGAAUCUAGUAUGUUACUCAGGACAGGCCUUCUGCUGUUUCUACUUCUUGUCAUUUACUUAGGACAGUACAUUCUAUACCAUGGUCUCCUGUUAAGACCAUGAGAGAGAGUUAUUAAAUAUUUAGACAUUAAAAUCAGACAUUACUAAUUUUUAUUUCCUCCUAUAAAGCAUCUGUUGUUUACAUACCCCCAUUCUUUACAUCGGGACCUUGAGAUCAUGACUUACUUUAGGUAAACAGUAAGAUUAAGGGUAUUUUAUUUUCACAGAAUGCUAUAAAAACAAAGUCUGUUGCUCAUGGUGGCUUAAAAAAACAUUCAGGUACUGCAUUCACUUGCUACUCCCUCUGCACUGUUUAUUGCAUCCCAACCCCAAAGAAGUUCCAUUCUAAAACAUGAGUAUUCUCUCCUGUUUCUGGUACAAGUCACUGUAUUCACACUUUGGCCUUGUUGUACCAUUUAAUUUUUCCCAUGGCACUUACUACCAAGGCUCAUAUUCAACCACACCAAUUGUUAAAAGUACUGAAAUACUUCCAUACGAGAAUAGCUGCUAUCCUGAGUCUUCCAAAUGCACUUUACUAUCCCUUCCCCCAGUUUUCCUGGUUCUCCAUACAAUCUAAAGGGUUAAUACUACCUACCCUCCCAGAACCCUACUCCAAGACUACGGCUAACACUUCUGAUUGGUCAGUGCCAGUGCCAUACCAGUUAAAAUAACACAUUGUUGACAUAUUUAUAUAUGUACAUAUGAACAACCAGGGGUAUGAACCUUUCUGUUUCCUUCAUUACAGUAUUCAUUCUCUCUCCUUGAACAGUCCCUGACAUCCAGUAGACUUACAUAAUUGCUAAAAGAAAAAUAAAGUGUGUUUAUGCUUAUGGUGUCAAAGAAGUAAGGUCUGAAGCAGGAGAACCACAUGAUCAGUCAGGAUUUGGGAACUACUUGAUGAGUCCUAGGAGCAGAAAAGACAUCGGAGUUAAGAGAAUCUGUGUAUGAUACUUUUUUAUGGACAGCCAAAUGAUCUUUCCUUUGGUUAGCCUUGCUUCACAACAUUAAUUUGCUCUUUCCAGGAAGGUUGAAUAUAAUCGAGGAUUGGGUUUCAGGUCCCAAAUUGCCUCAUUAAUGACCAAAUAGGAGACCCAGAGUCAGAAACUAAUCUUACACUAAGCCCACAAGGCGUGGAAGCCUGUGUGAAGGCUUUUAUGUGAUGAGGUAAUCUUACUCAGGAGUUUUGUGCAGUUUCCUGGGAUGGUAGAGACACAGUCACCCAUAAAACGAGCCUGAAAGCCUAACUAACCAGAGCUGUUCCUGUUUCCUGACAGCUGGGCGCGCGCACACACACACACACACACACACACAAAGAGUGGGCACUGUGGAUGCUUACUACUAACCAGAGAGCUGCUCAGGUAAAACUCCCCUACACAAACCUGGGCACCAUUGUCAUCAUGCCCCCAUCAGGGUAAGAGACGGACAAGAGACACACGCAUUUCACAUCACUUCUGCAGAGUCCAAAAAAAUUGAGUGCAGUGCAUUAAGAAUCCCAUAACACUUCCUGCCUUUCCUUAAUAUCUACUGUGAAUGUCUCUGAACUUCUGAAGCUAUUCCAAGCCGGUGACAUCUGUUAUUUUUUAUUUUUACUUUAUGAGAUAUAAUCUUCCAUUUGUUCCAGAUUUGUCUUUUUCAGUGUUCAAGGAGUACCUGCUAAACCUUGCAUUUUAUAAUUUGGUGAUUAUUUAGUGCCAUACUUCUUAAUGUCUCCUGUCUUUAUGUAAUCAGCCCCAGAUGAAAGUAGUUCUUCAAUAGGCCCCACAUACUUGGGGGAACUGUGAGGCACCCAGGUGCGAACUGUAAACUGCCUCUUGGGUCCAUUACUCUCUUCUCCAUCACACCAAAGAGGUUCUGUGUUUUCUUAAUGACUGCAAGAUAAUUGAGAUGGAACAAGGUGGCGCUCUGCCCUCUCGUUUCAGCUCUCAUGCUGUAAAUAAGUUUCCUGUUUUUGAUUCAUUCAGUGCCAUGUUAUUUUGCAUUUUUGUCCUUUGUUGAUUCCUCUGUUUAAAAUGGCUCCCGGUGUAGCACUAAAGUGGUAUCUAGUAUUCCUAAAUGUAAAAAAGGCUGCGAUGUUUCUUGCAGAAGAAAUAAAUGGGCUAGAUAAGAUUCAUUCAGGCAUGAGCUGUACACUGCUAUUGGCCAUGAGUUCAGUUCUUAGUGUGUCAACCAUAUAAGAGAUCCUUAAACAGGAACGUACAGAAAACAAAGUUAUGGGUUGGUUGAUGAAAAUGUUUUGACUAGAGGUUCAAAGGAACCUCAUGUUGUAUUUCUCCUUGGAAUUAGUGUUCCAGCAACUUAAUAGAACACAACUACCACAAAUAGUAUGAAUAAGAAUCAAUUGCAGUUGUGAGCAAUUGAACAUGCACUACUGUGUUUGUCUACUAAUUAAUACUAAGGUUAAUAGAUACAAAUUUAUUGCUUCCUCAGAAAAUACUUAUUGAGCAGCUACCAUGCACUGGGCCAUGGGAAUACAGCCUUGCACAAGAGUCCUUAACUUCAUGUAUCUUAUAGCCUGGUAGGGGCAUGAUAUUUUAAAAUGUUCUUGCAAACACAUAGAAAAACUGUGAGUCUGAUGUUAAUGACCAAUUCUAUCACAACAGGGGAUGGACAAAAUUCUUAACUGGAAGGGACUAGGCAAUGUCUGUUUUUGUUUUUUUUUUUUAAAGAUUUUAUUUAUUUAUUCAUAAGAGAUACAGAGAGAGGCAGAGACAUAGGCAGAGGGAGAAGCAGGCUCCAUGCAGGGAGCCCAAUGUGGGACUCGUUCUGGGGACUCCAGGAUCACACCCUGGGCCCAAGGCAGGCGCUAAACUCCUGAGCCACCCAGGGAUCCCCAGCAAUAUCUGUUUUAUCAGUUCUUCCCCACCUGUUCUGUCCAUUCUCCUAUCUGCACUAAAAUGUAAUCAGCUCCUCUUCAGUCAGUCCAGGAUCCUGGGAGAAUCUUGAUAGAAAGCAAGUUAAUAGGUCCUUUCCCACUCAUAAGAGAGGUCUGGAAAAAGCCUAGUCCAAGUGUUGCAAAAAGGUCAUGUUUGGGAUACUAACUGAUUACAGCUGCAGCUGCUCGCAUCACUGUAAUGAGAAUGACCAUGGCGCCCUCCUGGGCUGAGCAGAGAAAAGGGCUGGAAUCUCAUAGUAACAGCUGCUGUGUUUUGUAUUUGCGUAACUCAUCAUGGCUGCCCUAUAUCUGAUAUUUGAAUAUCUGGAAGCACAUAGAAUCAAUGAUCCACUUACUGCAUGGUGAUAAAUAUAUAGACUUUCUGCUUAAUCAGGGCUAGACUGUGAUUCUAAACUCUUUUGCUAUGCACUUUACUAUUUUCCAUAUGAUUCUAAGAAUCUUCCUUGUCCAAAACAUCUCGUGUCUCACUCUGCAGUCUUUCUUUGUAUACUAAUAUCUGCCCUUUAAACUUGUUUUGGGACCACAUGCCCAUCCUCAGAAAGGGAGCCACCAACUCCCCACUUAAAUUUGUGAUGACUCAUUCCCUGCUAACCCCUCUUCCAGCAGAACAUCUUCAAGAGGCUAAUACAUGAUUUAUGAGCCCUUUUCACAUCUAGAUCCUUUCUCAUCAUGCCGGUCUGUAUCAUUCAUCCUCUUGUGUGACCCAGGAUGGUGUGAGACCCCUCCAGUCCGCUAGGGACUGAUGACCUCCUUCUUACACAGCAACUAAUUUCAGGGGUUAUUUGUCACUGUGAGCAGUUACUCUAAGCUCAAGCUUUAAAAUGUAGAACCUUCUUAAAAAAUGUAGAAUCAAUGUAGAAUCUUCAUCAGCUAUAUUUCUAUUGCUGCAGCCAUUUCUCUACCUGUUUGCUACUUGGGAAAUCCUUACAGUAAUCAGAUUGACCAAUGUUAGCCAAUUCUCCAAAUAGGGCUUUGGAUACUGCCUGCUACAUAAUAUUUUCUUUGCAUUUCUACAUUAAACAGAGUAGUUUUAUUAACCCUCCACGUGGGUUUUGUUGAAAGACAAAAACUUCCCAUGUAGACCAUACACUCGAAGAGGUCAUACUUGCAAUAUUUGUUUUGAACACCAUAGUAUUCACAUUCCUGACCACAAUACUUGCACCAAAUAUGUUUUUUUUUCACUGACUAAUUGGGCUAAGUGCCAUCCUGGAUUCUCACAUUAAUUGGAAGCCCUGCCUUUUAUAGUUACUUCUGGACAUGACAUUAUAAAUAUGUACUCAUUGACUAUAUUUUAAAAAUAGCCUACUUACUGCUGGGGUAGGGGCAGUAGUUAACUGUUUCACACCCAUUUCUGUAUUUUUUGUUUGUUCUCAUUUUUUUACUUUAUACUGUCCUAUCAUGAAAAGCAAUUAGGCAUGUAUCUAUAGAGAUAUGCAUUACAGGUAGGAAGUGGAGAAGGUAGGAAGUAGAGGAGGCAAGAAAAUCAGUCUUGCCUUGUUUACAUAUCUAAAGAGCUAAAUGACUUUUGGUAUCAAAUGAGUUAUUUGCAAAAAGAUAAAAAAGAUGGAUUUCUUUGGCAAAUGAGAGAGUGCCUGUCCCAAUUUAGAAAGGCCUGAUAGUGUUGCGAUGUUUUAAGUGUUGAAGAUUCUUUUCCUUCUUCUUUUCCUUGUUCAUACCACUUAACUUGGUAGAGUGUUGCAGAAAGAACCCAGGCUCUAGGAGUAGAAGGCCUGGAUUUGAACCUCAGCUUCUCAGUUUUCUUACCUAUCUGGCCUUUAUCUCAUCUUUAUGCUUAUCCUUUUUUUAAUUUUUUUUUAAUUUGAGAGAUAGGGUACAUGUACACACAUGAGAGUGAGGGCAGGGGCAAAUGGGGAGGGAGAAGAAGAGGGAAAGAAUCUCAAGCUAACUCCACACUGACUGUGGAGCCCAAUGCAGGCUUCCAUCUCCCAACCCUGAGAUCAUGACCUGAAAUGAAACCACAAGUUGGGGGCUUGACCAACUGAGCCAACAAGGCACCCCUAGAUCUUAUGCUUGUCUUAUACUGUAUCACCUCAAAAUAUAGCUGUGAAGGUAAAUCAUGAACUACAUCCAACUAGAAGUAAUAUCAUCAUCACAUCCUUUGUAAAUCAAGAUCAACUCCCCCCUGAGUCUGGAUAUUGUAAGACUUUGCCAGCAUUACAAGUUUUAAGAAAGGCUUCUGCUCACCCAAAUGUAAUAUAAUAAAUGCAAGGACUUUGCCAAGGCAAAUUCCUGAAAAGAACACAGUGCAACAGAAGCAGUUCACAAAGUCCUGUGAGUUUUGGUCAAUGAUUACAUCCUGUUGCAGUGUUAGCAAGAAUUGGCAACCAACCUGGAGAUAGAGAAAAGAAGUGACGAAAAUGUCAAGAUUCCUUAAGCAGAUAUGUCACGGAAUGAGUUAGAGUAGACUAGGACAUUGUGUUCAGCGAUAAAGGCCAGGAGGUUUGGCCAUCUCCAUACCAAAUUAUUAUGGUCUUAUUUGAAGAAUCUCACUUUGCUGUAAAGUGUUGAAAACAAACACAUUGUUAGUUAGGAGUUGUUAGUCCUGACCUUUAUUCUGGAUGACCUAUGGACAAACACCAUACUGUACUUUCCUGUCUUACAGUUUUAACAUUUUAUGGUUUUCAAAUAAAUAUUUAGGACAUGUGGUAUGACAGUUGCAAGUGAACAUUUGAGGAAGAUGAACUUAUUUGAAUUUGCAGCUAUUCCAGAGAGAUUACAUGGUAAUCAUGUUCCUGUUUGGUCAUGGUUCUUGUGAGAUGCGACAUUGCAGAGAUUUUCCAGAGAGAAUCAUAUUUGAGAGUAUGUUGGGCUCAACUGAAUUUUGCAGCAUGUCUAAGAACAUUCCUAUUGGCACUCCUGAGUUGGAUUUUUAACUCUCUUAGCAUCAGGUGUGAGGAAGGCACACCGGAAUAUAAAAUGCAUGUUCUCCAUGUUUUGCACAGGAAAUCUGGCUAACAGAGAUCUCCUAAGUCCAGCCCACUACAUGGUUCCCAAAGCACUUUCUCCCACGGGUGAGCCUAGAGGCUCUGCAUUCAUUUCUCAACCUCUUACCAGAGAAACUAAUAUUCUAACCCAAUUAUCAGGCUUUGACCUUUGGCACAUUUGCCCUGUUGUCCUUAUACACAUAAGCACACUUGAAAAAUGGGCUAGGUAAGAAAAAAAAGAAAAGUUGGUAUCAAUAAAUCAGCCAAAGGGAAAAAAGAAAAGGAACCACCAAGAAAUUGAAGGAGGCAGAUGGAAGUGGAUAAAGUGGUGGAUGGAGGGAGGAGUUUUCCUGAAGAAUGUGCUGUAUCAGAGGACUAUGACCCCAUCAAAGAAAGAAUUCUGACAGAACUUCUCUCUUUCUUCCCAGGGGUCUCUGAUCAUACCAGUGAGUCUGGGAGAAGAAGUGGAGGUAUAAGGUCACAUUUCUGAGCAUCCUAAAUUCUGCUUCACAGUCCUUUGAGUUUGCCGAAACUAUGUUCCUGACUUUUGCAUUUAAAAUCCUCAGUAAGCAAUGAUGUAACCUCAGAGAGAGGCUGAAAUAGUGUGUUGAGGUAAAUAACAAUAGCCUGUGUUUGUAAUCCUUUACCACAUGCCAGGCAUUAUUCUAAAAAUAUGAACACAUUUGGUUCUCCCAACAAUCCUGUAAGGCUAGAACUCUUAUUUUCCCCAUUCUGCAGGUGAGGAAAUUGAGGCACAAAGAUAAUUAAGUGGCAAGGCUGGGAUUUGAACCUGGUAUUAAAGUAGCCAGGCCUCCAAUUUGCCCAUAGUGGUAGGCAGUUACUUUCCUAAGGAUACCUGUGAAUUGGUGAAUUGGAAUUCAGACUCUGAGACUCCCCAUACAGCUUUAUGAACCCCACAGCUGGUACCAGUGGUGGAGGCUAUUGAACACUGCUGAAGUGUUUAAUGUUGAGCCUUAUACAGAGUAACCAAGAGUGUGCUAACAAUUAAAUGAGGAGGUAUAUUUGAUCUUAGAACUGAGUACUUUGGUCGCUUACCAUUUGUCCUUCCUCUGACAGGACUUGUCUUGGCAACCACCCAAAUAACUGCAUGUCCCAAUAUGACAUAAGAAACAGGCAUUCUCCAAUGGUAACUUGGAAUAGAAUGUUCUUGAUAUGGAAAGACUAGGUUCCAGAGUUAAAUGUACAGUUAUAGUUAGAAAAAAAUAUAUACAUAUGGUACAACAGUACUUUGGGGUUACUUAUUCUCUUUGGACAAUUUCUAGAUGUGCUUUGACCAAAUUAGUCAGAUGAUUCUCUUUUUAUUUUAGCCCCAUUCACUCUAUUAGAGACUGGAAUUAAUUGCACAAUGUCAUGUUGGAUAUAGGACUCAAGCUGGGCUGCAAAACAUAUUGAUUUCCAUCAUCUUUAGUUUCUUUCAGCAUUAGUUUCCAUGCUGCAUGUAAAGGAACUAGCUUUUCAUUCAGACCUCAAGAUUCCAAUGAUAAGGCCCCAGGCCAUUUUUACAGCUUCCUCUUUUCCCCACUACUUUACCUCCAAAGAAAUUGGGCUAAACCCUACCAGAGUUUCUCCAUUUCUGAAUUUAUGCUCUUCCUCUGAGUAUCCUUUAAGACCUGUCAUGAACCUCUUACCUUCCAGGAAACCUCCACCAAUUUCCCAAAGCUCAUUGAUCUCCCCCACACUGAACUUGAUCCCUAUUUUAAGGCUCUUGUUGUUAACCUUCCUUGUAGAUGAGUUACUUGUGUUCUUGUCCCACGUCCCAUUUCUUCAGGUGGAGUGUGUGGCUUAGCCAUCCCUUCACUCCCUGAGCAACACCUUUCUUAAACAGCCUAGCUCUGUGCCUUCCCAGGUAUGUAUGUUGUGAGGUGAUAUGUCAUAGAUAUCAAAUGUUAAUCAGGGAAGGAACCUUAGAGUUAACUAGUAUGACUUUUUCGUUUUAUAGAUGAGACAGAGAGAUGUACAGAAGCCAGCCACCCAAGGUCACUGGUGAGAUGGGAAUCUCAUCAGGUGACCUGAUUCCCUGUAAAUUAUCACCUUCUAAAAUGUGAAGCAGUACAUGAUGUCAAGGGAGAAUAUUUUGGCAUUGUGAAACUAUAUGAAUUGUUUAUAUGUUGAUGGGAAUAAUAGAGCAGAGGGGAACAUUGAUGACACAAUAAUUGCAGGAGGGAAAUUGUUGAGUAUGUGAGAGGGGAUGAGAUCCAGUUCACGACUCAAAAAAAAUAGACCUAUCAGACAGUAGGGGACACUGAGUACAUGGGUAGGUUGUAGGCAUAUUGGUAGAUAUCAAGAGAAAGUGGAAAUUUUUUUUCUGAGCUUUCCUGGUUUUUCUUUUGAAUAAAAGAUAGGGUUUUCAGCUGAAAAUGAGGAGGAAGGAAAAGGUAUUGGAGGUGUGAAGUGAGAAGAGAUAAAAGUCCUCUAGGGGAGUGGGAAAAGGAAUCAAUGACAGAAUUACAGCAUGAUUAUGGGCAGCACUAACUACUUGAGGUUUAUGGUCAAGCAGUGUUUUCCAGUGGAGACGUUAUUGGCCUUUUGAGCAGGCCUGUCGCUUGAGCAUUUAGUAUCCCUGGCACUUACAUCCCUCAAUGAUUGUGAUGAUCAAGAAAUGGUCCCUGUUGCAUUUCCAAAUACCCCGUAGGGGCUCUGAACUGUUUCUAAUUGAGAAGAACUGGGACACCAGUCACAAGGGGGUAUGCUUUUCUUUGGUCACAUUCAGCUCCUCAGGUGCUGGCAGGAAGAAGGAGGAGAUCUGAAUUUAGGAGUUUUUGGAUGUGACAGACAAGAGCAGGCAAGAGUGAAAGGCAGGAGUAUUGAGGGUAUAUGUAAUAGAGUGAUGAUAACAGUAAGGUUUUCUAAACAACGAAUACCUGCUACUGACUCGAAGCAACUCAGGAGCGCCACAUUGGUGGAGGAUUUCUGGCUACAUUCAGGGACAGUUGGACAUGUAUCAAUUUUCUGGCUAUUAUGAAUAGAGCACUAUGAACAUGAUUAUACAUAUUUUUGGGUGGACAUACACAUUCAUUUCUCUUGAGAACAUAGCCAGGAUGGACUUGAUGGGUCACAGGGCAUACGUGCGUUUAGCUCUAUUAAAAACUGCUCAUUCAUUUAAAAGUUACGUAUAUAGCUACCUUUGACUCAGCCAUUCCAUCCAAGUAUUUAUCCAAGAGAAAAUAAGGCAUAUAUCCACACAAAGACUUGUACAUUACUAUUGAUAGCAGCUUUAUUUGUAAUAACAAAGAAUUGGAAAUGACACAGAUGUUCAGCUACAGGUGAAUAGGUCAACAAAUGGAACUACAGCCAUACAAUGGAAUACUACUUAGCAAUAAAAAAGUAUUAAUAGACACAUAAACAUGGAUGAAUUAUAAAUAAUUACUUGAGUAAAAGAAGCUAAAUACAAAAUACAUACUGUAUGAUUCCAUGAAUAUAAAAUCCUAGAGAAGACAAACUAAUCUAUAGUGAUAGAAAGCAGAUUAGUGGUUGCCUGCAGAUGAAGUGGUGAAGAAUAGAGAGAAGGGAUGGACUCCAAAAGGCUUGAGGAAACUUCUGGGGGUGGUGGAUGUGUUUAUGUUCUUGACUAUGGUAAUUACUUCAUGGGUGCAUACGUAUGUCAAAUUUAUCAAAUUAUACACAUUAAAAAUAUGCAGUGUAUUGUACAUGAAUUAUACCUCAAAGCUAAAAAAUUAAAAACCUACUGAACAGUUUUCCAAAGUGGUUUAACCAAUUUAUACUCCAUCAGUAAUGUAUGAGAAUUCUAGUUUUCUAUCACACUUGGUCUUAAACAGUCCUUUUAAUUUUGGUGGUAGUGUGGUAUUGCAUUAUGGUUCAUUUGCAUUUUCCUGAUCAAAAGACAUUGAGCACCUUUUCAUAUGCAUAGUGUCAUUUGAAUAUCCUCUUUUGUUAAAUGCCUAUUUCAAGCGUUUUCCCAUUUUCCUGUGGGAUUCUUAGUCUUUUUAUUUUGAUUUGUAGUUUUUUUUUAUAUAUUCUGGAUGAGGUUCUUAUCAUGAUGGGGGAGAAGAGGUUGUCUUCCAGUGUGUCACUUGCCUUUUCACUCUCUGAAUGUUGUCUUUUGAUGAAUAUUUCAUAAUUUUAAUGAAAAAUCCAAUUUAUUAAGUUUUUCUCUUGUUUAGUGCUUUUUAUAUCUUGUUUUAAAAAUGUUUGCCUCCCUAAAGUUACAGAGAUAUCUCUUGUAUUUCUUUUCUACGACCUUUCGCUUUAAUAAUCAUACAUAGGCCUAUGUGUUAAAAAAAUUUUUUUUGGUAUACUGUGAAACAGAGUGUGAAAUAAAGGAUCAAUGAACACUUUUA